AUGGGCCGCGAAGACCAGAUUGAAGAGCGCGAAGUGCUCGACUCCAUUUUCCCCGAGGAAAUUACAGAUAUUUCUGACACCUCAUAUCGGAUAUCAAUUGCUCUUGACGCGCCCGAAAAUGACGUCGAAGAGACAGAGCAGCCUGUCUUACUUUUGCAAGUCACAUACCCGGAAGACUACCCGGAUGUUGCGCCGGAAUUAGAGUUGACUGCGCCCCCGAACGCACCGAAACACCCCCGACUAGAUAUCAGUGAGGACCGGGACCGGCUUCUUGAAACCUUGCAGCCGACCAUUGAAGAGAACAUGGGAAUGGCUAUGGUAUUUACACUGGUUAGUGCUUUGAAGGAGAGCGCCGAAGAGCUCAUGGCGGAGCGCGUGAACGCCGUUCACGCCGAAAAAGAGAUGGAGGCAAAGAAGGCAGAAGAGGAGGAGAACCGGAAGUUCCAGGGUACUGCUGUUAAUCGUGAGACAUUCCUGGAGUGGCGCGACAAGUUUAUAAAGGAGAUGGAGGAGGAAGAGAAGAGGAAGCGCGAGGAGAAAGAGGCGGAGGAGAAGAAAUCUAACAAGAAGGGCCCGGGCAAGGAAGAGAAGAAGCUGACGGGCAAGCAGCUGUGGGAGAGAGGUCUUGCUGGUAGGGCAGACUUUGAUGAGGAUGAGGAAGAUGGUAUGCCGGCUGCUGUGGAGAACAUGAAGAUAGCUGCUUAG